CGUGAUUCGUCACUGGCCAUGCGCAACACUCUACGUCAUUUGCGCAGUCUCCUACUGCGCAGCAGUGACAAUGACAGUGCUUUAUUCUUUGCCUCUCAGAAUAGGUUGCACUGCACGCGAUAGCCUGAUGGAGCUGGAGUAGUGGCGAUUAUAUUAGAGGGAGUUCGGCGUAUUUCAGUUUAGCUUGAGUUGGUUCGCCUUCUGCAUCAGUGUGUGUAAAGGCGAUCACUCCCUCAAGCAUUCCUGAACUUUUCUUUUGUGUUUGGUGGUGAUUGUUGAGUUGUUUAUUCGGCCUUACGAUAUAAGGAACUGGGAUUGUAACAUAUUUUGAUUUGAUAGCACUGCGAAUUUUUGCAUUCGUCAUGAAGACUGUUGUGGUUUCUGCUGUGUUUUUCUGCUGCCUGGCCCUCGCAACUGCUACUCAGUACAGUUGCAAAGCCCAGGCAGUGCAAUUUCCUGCUUUCAAGAGUAUGGAAAAUGAAUGCAUUGCCCUAAUGAAACAUCAAGUUCAGAAAGAGCUGAAUGCAGCACUUACUUAUUUGGCCAUGGCAGCUCAUUUUUCUGAAGAUCAAGUGAACCGACCAGGUUUUGCCAAGAUGUUCUUUGAGAGUGCUAAUGAAGAGCGCGAACAUGCCAUCAAAUUUAUAGAAUACCUUCUGAUGCGUGGUGAACUUGAAACUGACAUCAAAGAUCUCAUUAGUGAUCCUUACCCAGUAAGAGGACUGACUUGGGACUCUGGUCUUGCCGCUCUGAAGAAUGCUUUGGCUUUGGAAGUGAAUGUAACUAAGAGUAUCAAUGAGAUAAUUAAGAAGUGUGAAAAUCCUGAUGUGGGAGAAAAUGAUUAUCAUCUUGUCGAUUACCUGACUGGAGAGUUCUUGGAUGAACAAUAUAAAGGACAAAGGGAAUUGGCUGGCCAAAUUUCAACCCUGGGCAAAAUGACAAAAUCACUGGGAGACCUUGGAGAAUAUAUGUUCGACAAGAAACUUCUUGAUGGCGAGCUGCCAGUUUUAGGCUAGAUAAUGGGAGUUUUGAUUGUGAAAUAUUUGUUGAAUGUAGAAGUUUGUUGGUAGUUAAUGUCAAAGAAAUUAAAUAUUUGAUAUUGGUUUGAACUUGUACAGUAAUCGUCUUCAUAUUAGAGCCUGCUGUUGAGGAAUGUCAUAUGUUGUAAUAUAUGGAUAAAGAUAAAAUAAACUUGAUUUUUA